UUUAUGAAAAUUAAAUGUAUUAAUGUUUUAAAUCUAAUUUAAAAUGAUGUAUUAUAUAUAUAUAUAUAUGAAAAUAACAAAUAGUUUUGUGUCAUUGGUUAAUAACACGUGUUAAUUUAUUGAAAGAAUUGCAUAUAAUAUGGAACUUAAUUUAAAUCAGAAAGUUGACGAUUCUUCUUUGAAAUUGGAUACAAAUUUUUUACAAAUCUCGUGCAACUGGCAGAUCAACAACAAUAAACAGUUUUGUGAUACUUUCACAGUGAAAUCUUCGUCUCUAGAAUUUAAAAAAACUAAUUUUGAAGAUAUUGUUUCUUUGAAUACAUGUAUAUCUUUACAACCAAUCGAUUCCAAUAAUGAACCAUGUAUGCUAGAUAUAAAAUUAACUAAUGGUCAAAAAAUCUCGCAGAUUGCAGUAGUUUCUGAAGCUUAUGUAUUAGAAUUUUUCAAACAAUUUGGAGAAUAUGAAACAACAAAGUUUGCAGAAUUUAUAGAUGAAUUUGAAGAUAAUUCAGUUUACUUUGCAGAAACAGCAAUUUUUCCACAUGCUACAGAAGCUAGUAUUAAGUUUACAAAAACAAAAAGUAAAAAUUCAAUCAUGUGGAUAUAUGGUAUAAAACUCUAUCUAACAGAGUCAAUUAAUGAACCUAAAAAUUUCUCUACAGAAAUAUUUAAUCCUGAAAUAAUAAAAAACUUUUUAAGUAAAUUUAGUUUUAAUAAUGAAGGGAACAAUACCACAAAUGAUGUUCAAUCAUGUUAUAUGAAUAUUUUGAAUUCAUCAAAAAAAAGUGUUCAUAAAGAUAAUGGAAAAGAAAUGAUACAAUCUAUAGAUAAAAAUAUUACAUCAAAUAAUAUAGAUAUUAUAACAUAUAUUGAUAAGAAAUUUGAAGAUAUAGAGAAAAAAUUAAUGAAAAGAAUUGAUGAAAUGGAACAAAAAACAAAUCAAAAACUUGAAACUAUUUUAAAACAAUUAGAAACUCAAUAUAGUGUCAAGUGAUUUUCAUUUCAUAUAACUUAAAAAUAUAUAUAAAUAAUGACAAUAUGUAUUUAAUUCUAU